CUUCCACGUAGCCCGCACAUCUCCAGAACAUGGUGCUCGGAUAUCUCACUCAAUGCACCUCAUGGCUCCAAACCACGCUCACUGAAAAAGCUAAACUGGGGCUCAUCAAUGUCUUAGCGGCCGGUCCCAUUCCACGACAUGUCGCGUUCGUUAUGGAUGGUAACCGGCGCUACGCACGUCGGCUGCACAAGCAAGUGCAGCAAGGACAUGCGGAAGGAUUCGUUGCCUUGAGAAGAAUGCUCGAAAUCUGCAUGCGUCUGAAUAUUACAUGCGUCUCAGCAUAUGCUUUCUCCAUCGAGAACUUCAAGCGUUCGCCGGAGGAGGUCGAGGCUCUCAUGACACUCGCUCGAAGCAAACUCUUAGAACUCUGUCAACAAGGGGAUCUAUUGCAGGAAUACAGCGUCCGUUUGAAUAUCGUAGGCAACGUGAGCCUGUUACCACCGGAUGUCCUUGAGGCAGCUCGGAAGGCAGAAGAAAUGACCAAGUAUAAUAACAGGGCUAUUCUGAACCUAUGCAUGCCUUACACCUCCCGCGACGAAAUCGCCGCAGCCGUACGUUCCUCAAUAGACGACUCCAUAGAUCACAACAACGCCUCAAUCUCAGAAAAAGACAUCGACGCUCACCUGAUGACCUCAAAAGGCGGCAGCCCCCCGCUCGACAUUCUCAUCCGCACCAGCGGCGUCAAGCGCCUGAGCGACUAUCUCCUCUGGCAGUGCUGCGAAGACACACAGAUCCAGUUCUCAGACACGUACUGGCCCGAUUUCGGUCUGCUCGACUUUAUACCCAUUCUUUUGGAUUACCAGCGCAAACGGUGGUCUCUGUGAUAUACAUAUCCAUAUGCAACUCAUUGCGUCUUUCGC